CAGGAUCGCAUUACCAAGUCCCUUCUUCAUUUGCACAAGAAGAAAAAACCUCCCAGUAUCAGCGCCCAGUUUCAGGUGUCAUUAAGUAAGCUGAUGGAAACACUUGGACAAGCAGAACCAUAUUUUGUAAAAUGCAUUCGCUCUAAUGCUGAAAAGCUGCCUUUAAGGUUCAAUGAUGCUUUGGUACUUAGACAGCUUCGAUAUACUGGGAUGCUGGAAACAGUUCGAAUUCGCCAAUCAGGAUACAGCUCCAAAUAUUCUUUCCAGGAUUUUGUGAGCCACUUCCAUGUGCUUCUGCCCCGAAAGAUUAUUCCAUCUAAACUUAACAUUCAGAAUUUCUUCAGGAAAAUAAAUCUUAAUCCAGAUAAUUACCAAGUUGGAAAAACCAUGGUGUUCCUAAAGGAGCAGGAACGACAGCACUUGCAAGAUAUGCUUCACCGAGAGGUGCUCCGCAGAAUCAUAUUGUUGCAGCGAUGGUUCAGGGUCUUGCUUUGUAGGCAGCAUUUCCUCCAUCUGAGGCAGGCAUCUAUUAUUAUCCAGCGAUUCUGGAGGAAUUACCUAAAUCAGAAGCAAGUCAGAGAUACAACUGUGCAAAAGGAUGUUGCUGUUAUGGCUAAUGCAGCUGCUCUUCUCCAAGCUUCCUGGCGUGCUCACUUAGAGAGGCAGUGGUACUUGGAGCUGCGAGCUGCAGCCAUCAUCAUCCAGCAGAGAUGGAGAGAGCACUAUAGGCACAGACACUCAGCUGCUCUCUGCAUACAGGCAAGAUGGAAGGCCUACAAGGAAAGUAAGAGGUACCAAGAGCAACGGAACAAAAUUAUCCUUUUGCAGUCAGCAUGUAGAGGAUUCAGAGCAAGAAAAAGAUUUAAAGCUUUAAAAGAACAAAGGCUAAAAGAAACAGAACUAGAACCUGGAUUGGUGAAUAUCAAGGGAUAUGGAGCUCUGGAAAUUCAGGGUUCAGACCCUUCAGAAUGGGAGGAUUGUUCCUUUGACAACAGAGUGAAAGCCAUAGAGGAAUGUAAAUCUGUGAUAGAGAGUAAUCGAAUUAACCAUGAAAGUUCAGUGGACUGUCCAAAGGAGUCCCCAAGCAAGCGGCAGGAGAGAGCCAGAAGCCAAAGUGGUAUGGAUUUGCAGGAAGGUAUGAUUGUAAGAGAGAGACCCAAGUCCUUGGAGGAUCUCCAGCAGAAAAAAGUAGGCCGGGCUAAAAGAGAAAGUCGGAGAAUGAGAGAACUAGAACAAGCUAUAUUUAGCUUAGAAUUGCUGAAAGUUCGUUCUCUUGGUGGUGUAUCUCCUUCAGAAGAACGUAGAUGGUCUGCGGAAUUGAUGCCAGAAGGCCUUCAGUCUCCACAGGGUACACCUGAUAGUGAAAGCUCUCAAGGGAGCUUGGAACUUCUAAACUGUGAGGAAAGCCAAAAGAGCAAACCAGAGUCCAUAAUUUUAGAUGAAGGAGACUUGCAGUUGCCAUCACCUAAGCUAUCUACUAGUCCAAAAUUGGAUUCACAGGAUGGUGCCGUCAGUGCCUCAACUGAUACUAGCUUUGCAGAGCAUUUGAAGACUGGAACUAUGAAGGAAAAGCUGGUCUGCAGUUCUGAAUCUAUUACCUGUAAACCACAACUGAGAGACUCCUUCAUUUCAAGUAGUCUGCCUACAUUCUUUUAUAUUCCCCAACAAGAUCCACUGAAAACAAGUUCCCAACUAGACCCAAGUAUCCAAAGAAACAAACUAGUGGAAAGUGAAGACACAGUGGGGACAGCUCUUACUUUGGAUAUCAACCAGGAAAAUAGAAAAUACCACUGUUCAGGAGAAGAUCCAGUUGUUCCUUCUUUGAAUACAGAGUCUUCUAAUCCUGUGCUUAAGAAGUUAGAAAAGCUAAACACUGAAAAGGAAGAAAGGCAAAAGCAGUUGCAGCAGCAGAAUGAAAAAGAGAUGAUGGAACAAAUUCGCCAGCAAACAGAUAUUUUAGAGAAGGAGCGUAAAGCCUUCAAGACAAUUGAAAAGCCACGAACUGGGGAGUCUUUCUUUGCACCAUCUUUUUAUCAGUCAAAGCAAAGAGUAGAGAGGCCAUCCUCUCUCCUUGGCUUAAAUACCCUAAAUAAGGGAGAACAUAGUGUACUGGGCUCCCCAUCAGUGACUAUGAACAAUCCAGCUCUUGCCCCAAAAGGCAGUCCCUCUGCUCACUUAUCCCCAAAGGACCGACCUGUCACCUUGUUCUUUGAAAGAAAAGGAAACCCAUGCCAAUCUAGUACUGGCAAAGAAGUAUCCAAGACAGACAGAAUGAACACCCAAGUGAAUGUAGCCUGUAAACUCUCUAAUAAUCGCAUUUCAAAAAGAGAACAUUUUAGACCAACCCAGUCUUAUAACCACAAAUCUGAUGACCUUUCCAGAGAGGGAAAUCCUAGGGCCAUUUUCUUCACACCAAAGGACAAAAAGAGUAUCCCCCUUGUCAACAAGGAAGCCUUAAAUAGUAGAAAUCCUCAACUCCGUAAAGAAGAUGACCCAGCAUGGAAACCUGUGAAGUUAGCUGGGCCAGGCCAAGGAGAGCAGGUUGCCAGACCGGCCCAUAAAAAGAAAGCUCGAAUGGCGCGGACGCGCUCCGAUUUCUUGACUAGAGGUACUUUUGCCGAUGGGGAGGGGGAUACAGAGGAAGAUGAUUACGAUGACAUAAUUGAGCCCCUCCUCUCCCUUGACCAAGCUUCUCACUCUGAGCUAGGGCCUGCAUCCAGCCUGGGUCAGGCCUCUCACAGUGACUCCGAAAUGACAUCACAGCGAUUUUCUUCAGUUGAUGAACAAGCAAAGCUUCAUAAGACUAUGUCUCAAGGAGAGAUUACGAAGUUGGCAGUGAGACAGAAGGCUCCAGAUUCGGAUAUAAGACCUCAGAGAGCUAAGAUGAGAUUCUGGGCCAAAGGCAAACAAGGGGAGAAGAAGACUACCAGAGUGAAACCUGUUGCCCAGUCAGAAGUUUCAGCAUUCUUUGCGGGCUCAGAUGUGAUCCCAGCUCAUCAGUGUCCAGAUGAAUUAGCUCAGCAUCACCCAACACCACCUUUGAGCCCAGAACUGCCUGGGAGUUGCCGGAAGGAGUUCAAAGAGAACAAAGAGCCUUCUCCAAAGGCCAAGCGCAAGCGAAGUGUGAAGAUCAGCAGUGUGGCCUUGGAUUCUAUGCAUUGGCAAAAUGACUCUGUCCAAAUCAUAGAAAGUGCCAGUGAUUUAAAAAGCAUGGAUGAAUUUCUUCUGAAAAAGAUGAAUGACUUAGAUAAUGAAGACAGUAAGAAGGAUACAUUAGUGGAUGUUGUAUUUAAAAAAGCCUUGAAAGAAUUUCGGCAGAAUAUCUUCAGCUUUUAUUCAUCUGCAUUGGCAAUGGAUGAUGGGAAAAGCAUACGGUAUAAAGACCUCUAUGCACUAUUUGAACAGAUUUUGGAAAAGACCAUGAGACUUGAGCAGCGUGAUUGGCAUGAAUCUCCCGUGAGAGUUUGGGUCAAUACUUUUAAGGUGUUUUUAGAUGAAUAUAUGAAUGAAUUUAAGACUUCAGAAUGCACAGCCACAAAGGUGCCAAAAACAGAAAGAAAGAAAAGAAGGAAAAAAGAAACUGAUUUGGUGGAAGAGCACAAUGGUCACAUCUUUAAGGCCACCCAAUAUAGCAUCCCUACGUACUGUGAAUACUGUUCUUCUUUGAUAUGGAUAAUGGACCGAGCCUCAGUUUGCAAAUUAUGCAAGUAUGCCUGCCACAAGAAGUGCUGUCUGAAAACCACAGCCAAGUGUUCUAAAAAGUAUGAUCCAGAGCUGUCAUCUCGACAGUUUGGGGUAGAACUGUCCCGUUUGACCAGUGAAGACCGAACUGUUCCUUUAGUGGUGGAAAAGCUUAUAAACUACAUUGAAAUGCAUGGACUGUAUACAGAAGGGAUUUACCGAAAGUCUGGCUCAACUAAUAAGAUCAAGGAGCUUCGACAGGGUUUAGAUACAGAUGCUGAGAGUGUCAAUCUAGAUGACUAUAAUAUACACGUCAUUGCAAGUGUAUUCAAACAGUGGCUUCGAGAUUUGCCCAAUCCACUCAUGACCUUUGAACUCUAUGAGGAAUUUCUUCGAGCUAUGGGCCUUCAAGAGAGGAAGGAGACAAUCCGUGGUGUAUACUCUGUGAUUGACCAGCUCUCCCGAACUCAUCUCAAUACACUGGAACGCCUCAUCUUUCAUCUAGUCAGGAUUGCUCUACAGGAAGAUACUAAUCGAAUGUCAGCUAAUGCUUUGGCCAUUGUGUUUGCACCCUGCAUUCUCCGCUGCCCUGACACCACUGACCCACUGCAAAGUGUACAGGACAUCAGUAAGACUACCACCUGUGUGGAGCUGAUUGUUGUGGAACAAAUGAAUAAAUAUAAGGCUCGUCUCAAAGAUAUUAGUAGCCUGGAAUUUGCUGAGAAUAAGGCAAAGACCAGGCUGUCUCUAAUUCGUAGAUCAAUGGGAAAGGGGCGUAUUCGUCGAGGAAACUAUCCAAAUCCGUCCUCUCCUGUUGCAGUUCGGUUGCCUUCCAUGUCUGAUGUUGCAGAAGAGACCUUGACUAGCGAGGCAGCCAUGGAGACCGACAUUACAGAACAGCAGCAAGCAGCCAUGCAGCAGGAGGAGCGAGUCCUGACUGAGCAGAUUGAGAGCCUGCAGAAGGAGAAGGAGGAGUUAACAUUUGAGAUGCUUGUCCUGGAACCCCGUGCCUCUGAUGAUGAGACCCUCGAGUCUGAAGCCUCCAUUGGGACAGCUGAUAGCUCAGAAAAUUUGAAUGUGGAGUCUGAAGGUGCCGUCUCUGAGAAAUCAGAGAGAAGCUUAGCCCUUGGCUCCCUAAAGACAACUGGCAAGGCUGAACCUUCAAGCAAGGUGCGCAAGCAGCUAAAAAAGCAGCAGGACUCAUUAGAUUCAGUGGACUCUUCAGGCUCCUCUUUAUGUCUGUCUAGCACUGCGUCAUCUCAUGGGACCAGAAAACGAUUUCAAAUUUAUUCCAAAUCUCCAUUCUACCGAGCUGCCUCAGCUGGUGAGGUCCUGGGAAUGGAAGGACCAUUGGGCCAGACCAAAUCCCUGGAAGACAGGCCUCAGUUCAUCAGCAGGGGAACCUUCAACCCUGAAAAGGGCAAACAAAAAUUAAAGAAUGUGAAAAAUUCACCUCAGAAAACCAAAGAGACCCCAGAGGGGACAGUAAUGUCUGGCCGCAGGAAAACUGUGGACCCAGACUGUACCUCCACCCAACAGCUAGCGCUCUUUGGGAAUAAUGAGUUUAUGGUCUGAACUGGCAGGUGUGUAUCCCUUCAUGGCUACAGAGUGCUGAACACAUCUCAUCCUUGGGGCUUCUUCUCAUAACCAUGUCCACGACAGUCCAUCCUGAUGGUGGUCCUGCCUCUUGCCCAAGCACAUGGCUGGGACCUUGUGUGCUGAAUUCCGGGCCUCCUGUGGAAGUGGAAAGGCCUCUUUGAAACCUGCUGGGGAUGGUGCCAGCUGUGCCUUGGCUGCUGUAUUUGAGUUGAGAUUUCACUAAACAAAGCCACCUAGGGCCUGGGGAUCUUGGUCAGUUGCAGUCGUCUCUCCCCACCCUCUUCUUCCUCCCAGAGAUGGCUGUUGAACUGGGGGAGAUAUUAUGGGCCUGAGGGACCCUCUGAUUUCUGACAGUUGGAGAAAACAUAUAGAUCUUAACUACAAAAGCAAAAGCCUUUGGGUUUAUUUUGGGAUAGUUAAGAGCUGGGGUGGAAUAUAAUUUUUUUUCCCAAGGAUUUAUAAACAAAAAGCCUAAGCCCUCUAUUUUAAGAUUUUUGAAAAACAUUCCAUGUUAUAUUCUGGAGAAAGUAAAAAAGUGAUUGUUUUCAUUAAGCCAUCAGAUAGUGUCUCAGAUGUCUUGUUAUACAAUGAAAAAGAGAGUACAUGUUUUGUUUUUUGAUGAUGUUUGAUGUCAUAAUAAUCAAUGCUGGCUUAACUCCUGUUUAGUUCCUGCCAAAUAUAUUGCAUGGGCUGAAGUGUCAGUAGCCAUACUCUUCUCAUGUUUCCUGGUCCUAGGAUCAGAUUCCUCCAAUUUUUUUUUAAUUUCCCAGAGACAUGAUAAUCCCUAAACAUGAGGGUUUCAUCCUAAUCCGUUCAGGCUUUUCUCUUUGUAUAGAUUCAACUGAAGAACACAUUGAGCCUCUUCCUCUGCUGGUAGUUCCCAUCACAGACUCAGACACAUAGUGUGACCAUUUAAUCAGCUCUCCAAAAACCUUCACAUACAACAUUGCAUGGAUAAGUGUUACAGAAAGCUGCCAAAAAAUAAAAAGGAUUUUCAUGUGACCCAUCUAACUUUUAUCUUUCUUUCCUCAGACCAUCAGUAUUAAAUAGAUUUUUUUAAAAAUCAAGGACUACUUGAAGCUAUUUUUGUUAAUAUUCUGGCCACUGAAGUUUACUGUAAAUAUAUAUGUAUAGUAGGCAUAUUUCUUUUUAACCUUGUGCUUUCCUCCUUCCCAUGGAAUUUCUUCCCACAGAUUAGGAGCCACUGGACGAGGUAGUAACAGCCACUCAUCCCUAAAUUGAGGAAAAAUCAUCAUUUUUCACCACUUGGUGGUCUUCGUACACCUGGGUUAUAAUAGCAUUUCCAGUGUCUUCGCAUUUGUGGGAUUAGAAAUUUGUUUUUGCUAUUUAUAAUGUAUGAAAAAUGAAACAUGAUACCCCUUCUUGACAUAAGUAUGUGAAAUGUUUAUUUUUAAAGUUACUAAAUGCAUCUUGUCUAGCUACGACAUGCACUGUUCUGAAAAAGAGCCUUUACCUAUAUAACCUGUAUUUUGGUUUUUCUUCCUUUUCAUACGACUUUGAUUUUAAGUUAUGGAAUUAUUAAGUCUUUUGUUAAGGCAGAGUCUCUCCUGUUACAUAACGCUAAACCUCAUGCCACUGCCUCAGUGGCUAUUGGUCAGCCCCAGAGGUCAGACUUGGAGCAUCAUUCUGAGAGGCAGCUAAAGGUAGCAGGAGUCUUGCCUCUCCCUGGUUUGGGUUCAGAAUUUAUCCAGGGAAAGGAAGCUUUUAAAAUCUCCAGGAUGAUGAUGGUUAGUGAGUCCAAGUUAUGUUUUAUAUCCCACAAUCGUCUGCCACCUUGUUCAUGUUGUUCUGAGGAGUAAUAACUGUUAAACCUUUAAAAAUUCGGAGAAUUGCCUCAAGGAAACCCCUACAUGGUUGUGUCAGGGUGGGACUGUGGUUCCUGCACAAUCUGUGUCUCAGUCUUCUCUUAGAGUAAUGCACUGUGGGGCGUUUACUGGGAUUUUCCACUUGCUCCAGAAUAUUGGUUCAAUACCAUAUUAAAAAAAAAAAAAAAGAUUACCCUUGUUGGAUGAUUUUCCCUAGAAGAUUGGCCUGGAGAACACCUCUUGGCACAUGUUCUCCAUCUAAAUCUGGUUGUUUUGGCAAAGUAAGUUUUUGGCAGUUAAGAAACUACUUACAUAAGUCACUUUAUAGGAACUAGGUAAUGGAUGUUAAGAGACUUUAUAAUUUUUCUCAGGGACCUGAAACCUGAAUUUGGAUAAAGUUAAAUAAAUAAAUACUUGUUUUUUCGGUUACUAGAUUUGUGGAUUUGUAGUUAUUUAACAAGCUACCCAGGAUGGGGGUGGUGGGGAGGAGCAAUCCACAAAGCUAUAAGCAUGGAGAGCAAGAGUGGGGCCCUCCCCUGGAGGAGAGCAAGCCCUUGUUUACGCAGGAUGACAGGCCUGGCGGCCCAAGAAAGAGAUAAAGCCAUAACUCUUAAAACCUCCAGAACCAUAUGCUCUGUCUUCCUCCACCUGUAGCUGGUCCUGUGUGUAGUUCAAGGUGUGUCAUCACAAAGCGAUGCUGCAUGACAGUCACUUAGGAUGAUGAUAGUGAACUCGAAUGUGUGUCAAACCAGUGGUUUCCUAGUUCUUCUCUUUUGUUUGUUUGCUUUGAUCUCUGCAUGGUGGGGGUGGGGAUGGGACAGCCCCACAGGUGGAACCCGAGCUCCACAGCGCAGAGCAUUUUAGUCACAGGACACACUCUGGGCCCCACACAAAACCUAGACUUUGAGUUCUGCCCAUUAAAGCCAGUGUAUCUCUGUAAUCGCAUACAUAUCAUGGAAAAUAACGGAAGCAGAGAAGUGCGAUCUCAUUCUGCAUCACAGAUUGGAGCAAAUUAACAGCAAAUACAGGCAGGACUCAGGGAGGUGAUGUGCUUAGUUUGCAAUGUCCUUUGUACUUCCAGCCAUUCAAAUUAUUUUCCCACUCUGGGCUUCUGAAAACACAGAGGGAGAUACAGCCCUCCUACCAUGAGCCUUGUGGAAAGAGAGUCAGAAGGGUCAGGAGUCAGGGGACAGAAUGCUGGAGCCUCCACCCUCUUAUGCUUUGGAAACCUGCCCUAGCUCUUACUCUGUUGAGAGGUUGGUGAGGACUUCUGCAUUCCAUCACAGUGGGCUGGUUUUCACUGUCAAAGACAGAGGGUCUCAUAAGUGUCUGAAAGCUGUGGUUCAGCAAGGGUAUAGUCCCACCUCAGUGCCUGCGGGCUGUGUCUUUAACUGUUACUAAUGAUUGUGUACCUUUCACAAGCACUUUGGUGAACUGGAGGGAUGAAAAGAUUCUCAGGAUGUGUUCCAAGCUAAGAGAGUUUUAAUUUUAAAAAGAAACAUGGUCCAGACAGCUUUCCUCAUCCUCCUCUGACUUUUUCCUUGGUGGGAGCUGCAUGUGGGUGUGCAUCAUUCUGUAUUGACAGGUGUGUUAUGUCCACCCCAGACUAUUGUGACAACUCCCCAGCACUGUACCCCAAUACCAUGCUGGCCUUGGUAGUAGAAUUCCUUAGUGUUUAUUGGAGUCCUCUUUUUAUAUACCCCAAGAAGACUUUUAAUCACUUUCCCCUGGAGCCACUCCCACGUUUGAUUUGGUAUUGAAAGGGUAACAGCAAAAUGAUGAUUGUGGAGAUGGAUCUAUUAGGUCUUGUUGGUCUCUUGGUUGAAACUGUUUUCAAAAAAGCCCCGCCAAUGGGCCUGUCACCUUGCUAUCCAUACAUACUUAAUGCCUAUUUAUCAACCCUGGAAGUUCUUAUAGAAGUUGCACCUUUUGAACCAAGUAUUUGUAUUUACUAUGGGAAAGGUGUGGACUACAGAUUAGUAUUAUAUUAUUUUAAUGGAUUUAAAGUAAUUUAUAAGUAUGCUAAGUGUAAAUUUUAAAAGAUUAUGUAUUGUAAAAGGACAUAUCCUGUGAAAUAUAAUAUCACUUUACUGUUUAAUAGAAUAAUUCUAUAAAAAGAAUGAUUUAUCUCACCCACAGAACUGCUUACAUUCCUGAUGCAAUCAACAGGCACUUUGUACAUUUCCUUUCUGUUUGUUGGGGGGAAGGGGAGCAAGACAUCAUCUGUAUAAAGUGCAAUUUGUGUCAACUCAAAAUAUGCACUGUGUGGCUACACAAAAGCAGCUUGAUGAACAUAUCACUCAGUGGCUCAUUAAACAAAGCUUCCAGGAGCAA